AUGACCUCCAGGGAGGCGGCUGUGGCCGCCCAGCCCCCUUCCUUCCUGGACCCCCACUCUCAGGAGGUCGUGGAGCGCUGCUCUCCUGGAGACGUCCGCCUGGCCGCCACCCGCACGUGUGUGUCCCCCAAGCAGUACAACUGCUCCUUCUUCUGUCGCCCAGUGGGCGAGGAGCUCAGCGCUGGACUGGGCAUCAGAGAGCUGAUCCUCAGCGUGAAGGACGAGGCUGGGGACAGCGUCCAGAGGAGACUAACAAGCACAGUGGGCCCAGACGCAUCCUUCCAAGGGAGCGCCAGGGUCCACCUGGUCCAGUGUGGUCCCCACGGCAUCCUUGGCUUUGUCAUCUCCACACGGACCGUGCUGGGCUCCUUCCUCCUCGAUCGCUCGGCCAGUCACUUCCCUGUGUACCAGGAGCAGCACCUGCUCAACAGCAACCCUCACUGGGACUUCGGGGCCUUCAGGCACCUCGGCCACCUGGUGCGGGAGACUCACCUCAGCUUCUCCAGGUUUGCUCACCAGUUUCUAGAUCUGGGCACGUACGUGUUUCGGGACAACGGGCUGCCUGAGAGCAUCGCCGUGGUGCUGGUGAAGGAGAAGGGGGUGGCCUGCGACCCGGGCCUGUCCCCUGUGCAGCCCUCGUCACCCUAUCAGCUCGCCAGGCACGGCGUCCUCAGGCACCGGGUGCCAAACCUGGGCCCCGACUGGGCGGCCAUCUCAGGGGUGCUGCUGGCUGUUGGCUUGGCAACCGUGCUGCUGACGGGCCUGGGCCUUGUGCUAAGACCCUCCUCGCUGGCCCCGGCCUGCCCCGCAAGGGCUCGAGGGCCUCACGUGCCUGCGGAACGUGUGCCCCUCGGGGACUGCUCCAGGAAGCGUGUGCAGAGGGGCAUGGAGCGGGGCUUGGCGGAGGAAAGACCCUUCACUGCCCGGGCUGCCCGGGCUCCGACGUCGGCGGAGCGGGGGAGGGCCCUGGUCGUGCUCCCUGACCUGGAUUCACGCAGCUCACGUCACCUCCGCUGGUUCCUAACUGCGGAGUUGCAGGGGCCCCAGGAAGUGGGGAAGCCACUUCCGGCCAAGGCCCUGGAGGACUUCAGCAUCCGGACGCUCUACGACAAGCUUGAGGACCAGAGCCUGCACGUGGCAGCCCAGCUGAGCCGGCACCGGAGCGACGCUCUGGCCUUCUACGGGGGUGCCCGCCAGCAGCUCCGGGGGCUCCAGGACCUCCUACAGGGCCUCAGCGAAGCCAAGCGGCCAGGCCUGGGCAGGACUGGAGACCCGGAGAUGGGGGCCAGAGCCGCGGCCAGAGCGCACGCUAGGCAGAGCGAGGACUCUUUGGGUAGCCACGCUGCAGCUUCUCCCAGGGAGCCCCGGCAGCGUCCUCCAGCUAACGGCACAAAGGAACGUGCCCCACCAGAGCCCACGGGCCCACCAGUCAGCGCCAGGCUUCUGCUCCGAGCCCAGCCCCCGUCCCCCACGGAGCUGCCUGGCCCUUUGGGGGAGGCUGCGCCCCCAGCGCCCCCCCGCCCGGGCUGUGAGAAGCUCGACCGAGCCAUCGAGGCCCUGGCGGCCGCACUUUCUCAGCGCAUGGGCAACCAGCUGGGGCCCGGAGAAAGAGCACACACCCCCAACGGCGUCUUGACACAGACCUUCUCCUCGUCCAGUCUUCGGAUGUGGAAGAGGAAGAUACGGCAGGUGGAAGACAAUUUGGAUGAGCUGAACGAGGAGUUCUUCCAGCUCACUGCUCAAGCCUUAGCGCUCCGGAAAGAAGAGGACAGGCCAGGCCAACUGCCACGAAGCAAAGGCAGUACGUUUGUGGUGGUUCCCAGGAUCUGCCCUCCCGCGCGGCGGAAAGACACACCCGGCCCAGCAGAGGCCGGCGGCCCUGGCGGAGAGAACCUGGGAUCCUGGGCCCUGCAGAGUGACCAGGCCCUGGCGCUGGAGCAAAGGGACCGCAUCCCCUCCCUGCGCUGUGGCCUCCUGGAAGACAGAGGAGCCGGCACUGCCUGCCCUGAGGGCCUCCAACACCAGAGGACACUCAGCCGGCUGCAGGGCCCGCACAAGCCCUUGGGUGUGUCUCACAGAGCAGCAGAAGGGAACCAGAAGCGGGAGCAGCUGGUCCAGGCUUUCAUGGUACUGGGCCUGGACUGGACCCGGGCCAGUGACAGCGAGGGGCCCAGGUCCCGUCGGGGAGGCCUCAGCUCCGCUUCGGAAAACCCACCUCGGGCCAGCACCGCACCUCUGCUUCUCUUUCAGAAAACAGAAAUUUACUCUGUGGAGCUCAGCGGAACCGGAGACAUUGAGAAAACGGACAAGGGGCAUGACAAGAAGUACGGGGGCCUGAAAAAGAACUGCUUAGAACGCAAAACGCAUCAGCCGAAAGAGGAGCUUAAGAAAGAACUCGAUCUGGAUGAUCACAAACUCAGCACUGAGGAAUUGGAAACAAAAUACGGUACAAACAUCAUUACGGGUCUCUCCAGCACCCGGGCUGCUGAGCUCCUGGCUCGGGAUGGGCCCAACACCCUCACCCCCCCCAAGGAAACCCCGAAGAUUAUCAAGUUCCUCAAGCAGAUGGUGGGGGGGUUCUCCAUCCUCCUGUGGAUAGGAGCCAUCCUGUGCUGGAUCGCAUAUGGGAUUCAGUACUCCAACGAUAAGUCCUCCUCCCUGGACAGCGUGUACCUGGGCUCCGUGCUUGCCCUGGUGGUUAUUUUAACCGGGGCGUUUGCCUAUUACCAGGAGGCGAAAAGCACCAACAUCAUGGCCAGCUUCCGCCAGAUGAUUCCACAGCAAGCUCUUGUCGUUCGAGAUUCAGAGAAGAAGACAGUUCCUGCAGACCAGCUGGUGGUGGGGGAUAUAGUGGAGAUUAAAGGAGGAGACCAGAUCCCCGCGGACAUCAGGUUGCUGUCUGCUCAGGGGUGUAAGGUAGACAACUCGUCUCUCACUGGGGAGUCUGAGCCCCAGCCCCGCUCCUCUGAGUUUACCCAUGACAACCCCCUGGAGACAAAGAAUAUCAGCUUCUUCUCCACAACCUGUCUGGAAGGCACAGCGACUGGCAUGGUCAUCAACACGGGUGACCGCACCGUCAUUGGGCAGAUCGCCUCGCUGGCUUCGGGAGUCCAGAACUCGAAGACGCCCAUUGCCAUCGAGAUCGAGCACUUUGUUCACAUUGUGGCAGGAGUGGCAGUCUCCAUCGGCGUCCUUUUCUUCAUCAUCGCAGUGUCCAUGAAGUAUUAUGUCCUGGACUCCAUCAUCUUCCUCAUUGGCAUCAUUGUGGCCAACGUGCCUGAGGGUCUCCUGGCCACUGUCACUGUGGCUCUGUCACUGACAGCAAAACGCAUGGCCAAGAAGAACUGCCUGGUGAAGGGCCUGGAGGCAGUGGAGACCCUUGGUUCCACCUCCAUCAUCUGCUCAGACAAGACGGGGACCCUAACCCAGAACAGGAUGACCGUGGCCCAUCUGUGGUUCGACAACCAGGUCUUCGUGGCGGACACUAGCGAAGACCAUUCGAAUCAAGUCUUUGAUCAAAGCUCUGCAACCUGGGCCUCCCUGUCAAAGAUCAUAACGCUGUGUAACCGCGCUGAGUUCAGACCAGGACAGGAGAGCGUCCCCAUCAUGAAGAAAGCUGUGGUUGGAGAUGCCUCAGAAACUGCUCUUUUGAAAUUCUCAGAGGUCAUUUUGGGUAACGUGAUGGAAAUUAGAAAAAGAAACCGCAAAGUAGCUGAAAUACCUUUUAACUCAACCAACAAAUUUCAGCUCUCCAUACACGAGACAGACGACCCCAGUGACAAGCGUUUCCUCAUGGUGAUGAAAGGGGCCCCCGAGCGGGUCCUGGAGAAGUGCAGCACCAUCAUGGUCAACGGCCAGGAGCAGCCUCUGGACAGGAGCACGGCCAAGGCCUUCCACACGGCAUACAUGGAGCUGGGCGGCCUGGGGGAGCGCGUGCUGGGUUUCUGUCAUCUCUACCUGCCAGCAGACGAGUUUCCAGCAACCUAUUCAUUUGAUGUAGACACAAUGAACUUUCCUACUUCCCACUUCUGUUUUGUGGGCCUCUUAUCGAUGAUCGACCCGCCUCGGUCCACGGUCCCUGAUGCGGUCACCAAGUGCCGGAGUGCAGGGAUCAAGAUCAUCAUGGUUACUGGCGAUCAUCCAAUCACAGCCAAAGCUAUUGCCAAGAGUGUAGGUAUCAUUUCCGCCAACAGUGAGACAGUGGAAGACAUUGCAAAACGCCUCAACGUUGCUGUGGCACAGGUUAACAAGCGGGACGCUAAGGCCGCUGUGGUGACCGGCAUGGAGCUAAAAGACAUGAGCCCGGCGCAGCUGGACGAGCUCUUGGCCAACCACUCGGAGAUCGUCUUUGCCCGGACGUCCCCCCAGCAGAAGCUGAUCAUUGUGGAGGGCUGUCAGAGGCAGGGUGCUAUCGUCGCUGUGACAGGGGACGGAGUUAACGACUCCCCGGCUCUAAAGAAGGCAGACAUCGGGAUCGCCAUGGGGAUAACGGGCUCUGAUGCAGCCAGAAGUGCAGCCGACAUGGUCUUGCUGGAUGACAACUUCGCGUCCAUCGUUACAGGGGUGGAGGAAGGUCGCCUGAUCUUUGACAACCUAAAGAAGACUAUCGCGUACACCCUGACCAAGAACAUCGCUGAGCUCUGCCCCUUUCUGAUCUACAUCAUCGCUGGGCUUCCCCUGCCCAUUGGCACCAUUACUAUCUUGUUCAUCGACUUGGGCACGGACAUAAUUCCCUCCAUCGCCCUGGCUUAUGAGAAAGCUGAAAGUGACAUUAUGAACAGGAAGCCUCGCGACAAGAAGAAGGACAGACUGGUGAACAAGCCACUUGCCGUGUACUCCUACCUGCACAUUGGCCUCAUGCAGGCCCUGGGAGCUUUUGUUGUAUAUUUCACCGUGUACGCACAGGAGGGCUUUCGACCCAGCACUCUCCUUAACCUCCGGGUGGAGUGGGAAAAGGGCUAUGUGAACGACUUGGAAGACAGCUAUGGACAAGAAUGGACAAGCUACCAGAGGAAGUACCUAGAAUGGACGGGCUACACAGCAUUCUUUGUUGGCAUCAUGGUCCAGCAAAUAGCAGAUCUGAUCAUCAGGAAAACCCGGAGGAAUUCCAUCUUCCAGCAGGGUCUCUUCAGAAAUAAAGUCAUCUGGGUGGGGAUUGCCUCGCAGGUUAUCAUCGCGCUAAUCCUCUCCUACGGCCUCGGGAGUAUCGUGGCCCUGAACUUCACGAUGCUCCGGCCUCAGUACUGGUUCGUGGCUGUACCACACGCUGUUCUGAUCUGGGUGUACGAUGAGGUGCGGAAACUGGCCAUCAGACUCUACCCUGGAAGCUGGUGGGAUAAGAACAUGUACUAUUAA